AAAAAGGAAAAUGCAACAAUGCAGUUGUAUCUCUAUGGAGCUGUAAAUGUAUAUUUAAACACCUUAGUUGAUUCACCUGUAAUCUUUACUUAGACCUGCUAGAAUGGGGUCAGUGUUCAAUAAGCUUUGAAAACAUCAAUGAUUUGCCAGACUUCAUUUAAUCUAGUUUUAAUAGAUAUUGAAAUGAACUUUUUUUUGUCAAAGACAGCUUUGAAGAUGUAAACAUAUCACACAAGACAACCGGUAUAGAUGUAAGUAUAGUAAUAAGUCAAUUUCAUGAAAAAAAUCGGGAAGUCAUAAAGUAAAGUUCUGACGAGGCACCGUGUAAUUAAAAUGUUGAAAUCUGGAAAAUGAACAUACUGGUAUAAAAUGUGAAGAAAAAGGCUUCCACAAAAUCCUGUUAAAGGAGAAAGCUCAAGGUUCUCUAUUGGCAUUAAUAAAUGGUUUGAAUUCUAUGCUUCAACCACACUGACCAUGAGGGGAACUAUGAGGACACACGCUAAAGGUGACAGUCAUUUUCAAUACCUUGUUCUGCGAACGUACUGACCUAUUCAUGUAAGAAAACAGUACAACCUGUGCAAGGCUUUCAAAUAAUAACAUUUAGCUGAGAUUCCACAUCUCUCCAAGAAGGUGACAUGUAUGAUCAUAUUUGACCAGUGUGUGAAUGUAAUAUAGCUGAUCAGAGGAGAACAACAUAACACUAAAGUUUGGUUUUAACUAUGUAUUGAUAAAUGCCUAAUCAACUGCUGACAUGUUUAUAACUAACCGUAAUAAGAAUACAAAAUCCUUUCAUUAUAAUAUGAAAUAAAAAGAAUGAUAUAAAAAGCUUGUCCAAAACAAAUAAAAAUAAGUGAUAUUCUCAAAGAAUAACAAACUCAAAUAUCUUAUUGGCAACUACAGUUUUAUACCUUGCUUCUUUGUCUUUUACUAAAAUAUCAAGAUCACACCGACCACCCUUAAACACUGGUUUGAGCAUGACAAACUGCAUACAAAAGGAGAAUCCCUACCAUACUAGUGUAGUUUUGAUAUGUGUUAUUGCAGGAACCGUAACAGUUGCAUUCAGCAUGCCCCUUUAAAAUGUUCAAGAGGCAAACCCUUGGGAAUAGGAGCCUGAAGAAAGCCAUCACCGACAGACACUCCGCAGUCUCACUGCUUCUGCACUGAAUAUUGUAAUGCAGCCAGUAGGCGCCCCCAUGGCAGACAGCCCUAAGAUCACAAUGUCUGCCUAACCAGACAGGAAAGCCCUGCCCAUCCAGACAGGACAGGAGACUGGUAUGUAUUUUUCUGUCCUUCUUCACGUUUAAGGGCUGACAGGUUGAGCUGGUGAAAAUAUGCAAAACCCAUUUCAUCUCCUUCUUGCCACUGAGCUAAUAACAAAAUAAAAAAAACUGAAUAAUGACUGACCAAGAGUGUUUCUAAGUCAGGUGUAAUAAAAAUAUUAAAAUAAAAUAAAAUAAUCUUUCUUAGUCCUCCAACAUCAUCCCUGCAGAAACUACAGAAUCCUUUGUGAAUGAUGCAACAAAAUCUGAACUGUCACUAAAGAUAAUAAACCGAGGUAUCUCUCCCCUGGCUCAGAAUGUUAUUUGUUUAUGUAAAAUCAACCCAUUUUUCAGCCUCAUGAAUGAUGCAGUCCUAGGGUGGGAGCUGUAUGCUAAUGCAGGGAACGGGCUCCUCUCUUUGUGCUCUAACUCAACCAAUCAGCGUCUUGCUCCAUUUUCCAGUUGCUACUGCCUGUGUCAUCCAGGCCACAAGCAGCAGGAAGGAGACGCCUGCCUUUUCCAGCAUCCCCUCCAAAAGACACACAGCCGGUGGAGCCCGGUGCCCCACUGUCCUUCUCCCAGUGGCGAUGAGCAGCCUGAACAGCAGCCAGCCCUGGCACCCGCCCGGCCGCUCGGGAGACCUGUCCCUGCAGGUGCAGGAGAUAUACCCCUUCCACGACGGCUGGAACACCGCUUGCUUCGUCAUCCUGCUGCUCUUCAUCCUCACCGUGGUCUCCCUGGCCGCGCUGGCCUUCCUGUACGAGCUGCUGGACUGCGGCUGCUGCGCCAAGGGCAAGACGGAGAGGGAGCUGAGGGAGCAGCCGGGGCCCCUGAGCGCCAUGAUGCGCAGCGUGCGCCAGCGGCGGGUGGAAGUGGUGUAGGACGGAACGCCAACCCACCCGGACUCUUCGCCACACGGCUGGGGGGGGCUGGAGCCGCCUGGGCUACCCACACACAAGCGGACAGCAGCUCCGUCCUUACUGUUCAGAGCACGCGUCGCAAUGCAAGCAAGAGCAAUGCAGGGAAAUGCCUUAAGGAGGGUCCAGACUUUUUUUUUCCCCCUCUUCUGAGGCUAUAGAUCAAUGGCAGUGAAAAUUCUGAGCUCAUUGGCUACAAACCUAUCUGAAAUAACCUAGAAGCAAAACAUCACAACACCGUCUGAUAGUUGCGGACAAAUAAUCGUAACAUGUCUACACGAUAUAACGAUAGGAAUUGCUGUGCAUUACAGACUACUUUCCUGCUCAGCCCCUGCAAACUAUAUUGUUUUUUUUUUUAUAUCCAUAUAAAAUAAUUGAAAAUGCUAAAAAUGCUCCAAACAGAUGUGGACUGUCUCUCACUGAAACACAUUUUCACUGAAAUGUCGUGAUCAGGUCUGGGAGGAUAUGAACUUGAAUCCCCUCAUCACUGUUUUGUAAUUCAUCACUGAUAUCUCACCUUCACAGAAUGUUUACAGUAUGCUGUUUAUCCUAGAUUUAUAGGUAUAUGGAGACCAUCUGGCACCACCUCAUUCAUUAACAUCUGCGCCAUGCACUUUCACCGUUCUUGCUCUGCUUUGCCUGAGAGGUCAUUAUUCCCUUGAAGAGUCUUAAAAAACUACCUUAACUCUGCUUUUAAUGUACAUCAGCCUGGAUAUAAUAUGCUAUGCAUUUACAGUAUCAUACACAUGCCUUAAGACAGUGUGCAUUUAAAUUAAAACUAUUACAAUCUC